AUGGCUCCGUCCUCAUAUGACAUGUUGUGUUGCUCCACCAACUGGAUGAUACUAGUGUCAUAUGACCUAAGCUGGGGGAGGGGCAUUUACGGUAACGUGUUGCUUACCAAUCCAAAUGUCAACUGGUUUCUUACAAAUCCAAACGUCAACGUGUUGCUUACCACUCUAAAUGUCAAUGUGUUGCAUACCAAUCCAAAUAUCAACGUGUUGCGUACCAAUCCAAAUGUCAAUGAGUUUCUUACCAAUCCAAAUGUCUAUGUGUUUAUUACAAAUCAAAAUGUAAAUGUGUUUCUUACCAACCAAAAUAUCAACGUGUUGCUUACCACUCUAAAUGUCAAUGUGUUGCAUACCAAUCCAAAUAUCAACGUGUUGCUUACCCAUCCAAAUGUCAAUGUGCUGCUUACCAAUCCAAAUUUCAACGUGUUGCUUACCAAUCCAAAUGUCAAUGUGUUGCUUACCAAUCCAAAUGUCAAUGUGUUUCUUACCAAUCCAAAUGUCAACGUGUUGCUUACCAAUCAAAAUGUCAACGUGUUGCUUACCAAUCCAAAUGUCAACGUGUUGUUUACCAAUCCAAAUGUCAAUGUGUUGCUUACCAAUCCAAAUGUCAACGUGUUGCUUACCAAUCCAAACGUCAACGUGUUGCUUACCAAUCUAAAUGUCAAUGUGUUGCUUACCAAUCCAAAUGUCAAUGUGUUGCUUAGCAAUCCAAAUGUCAAGGUGUUGCUUACCAAUCCAAAUGCCAACGUGUUGCUUACCAAUCCACAUGUCAAUGUGUUGCUUACCAAUCCAAAUGCCAACGUGUUGCUUACCAAUCCACAUGUCAAUGUGUUGCUUACCACUCCAAAUGUCAACGUGUUGCUUCCCAAUCCAAAUGUCAACGUGUUCCUUACCAAUCUAAAUGUCAAUGUGUUGCUUACCAAUCCAAAUAUCAACGUGUUGCUUACCAAUCAAAAUGUCAACGUGUUGCUUACCAACCCAAAUGUCAAUGUGUUGCUUGCCAAUCCAAAUGUCAACGUGUUGUUUACCAAUCCAAAUGUCAAUGUGUUGCGUACCAAUCCAAAUGUCAAUGUGUUCCUUACCAAUCCAAAUGUCAAUGUGUUUCUUACCAAUCCAAAUGUCAACGUGUUGCUUCCCAAUCCAAAUGUCAACGUGUAUAAUACCAAUCCAAAUGUCAAUGUGUUUCUUACCAAUCCAAAUGUCAACUGGUUUCUUACAAAUCCAAACGUCAACGUGUUGCUUACCACUCCAAAUGUCAACGUGUUGCUUCCCAAUCCAAAUGUCAACGUGUAUAAUACCAAUCCAAAUGUCAAUGUGUUCCUUACCAAUCCAAAUGUCAAUGUGUUUCUUACCAAUCCAAAUGUCAACGUGUUGCUUACCAAUCCAAAUGUCAACGUGUUGCUUACCAAUCCAAAUAUCAAUGUGUUGCGAUGA